CUGCAAUCCCAGCGAGGUCAGGCAUGAGCGCGCCGAAGCGGCAGAAGGUCGAGGAGGACGCGCAUCCGUUUGGCUUUCCGUUUCCGCCGUACUCGAUCCAAGAGAGUCUCAUGAAGGAGCUCUACGAGGCCAUUGACGAGCGCAAGAUUGGCAUCUUCGAGUCGCCCACUGGCACGGGCAAGUCGCUGAGUUUGAUCUGCGGCACGCUCACGUGGCUCGAGCACAACACGGACAGCCGCGGUGUCCUUCUUGAGAAGGACGCGGCUGCCACAGCCUCGGACGAACCUGCGUGGCUGCGGGCGUACGCGGCGCCGUCGGCCGGGGCCGCGCACCAAGCCGAGCUCAAGGCGCUGUGCACCAAGCUUGACGAGAUCCGCGCGAAUCCAGCGCACGCGCGCAUGAAAGACCUGCGGCUCAUGCACGGCGGUCGAGACGCGCCGCGCGGCCGCAAGCCACCGGCAGCUGCAACGCUCGAGACGGACGAGAACUACAUUGUGCCCGAGUACCUCAGUGACAAGGAGACGGGCAGCCGCGACGACAGCGACGACGAGGUCGACGAUGAAGACGCUGGCCGCGGCUUUGACGAGCCAGUCGACUAUGGCAUCGUGCAGAUCUUCUACUGCAGUCGAACGCACUCGCAGCUGAGCCAGUUUAUGCACGAGAUCAAGAAGACCAAGUUUGGCGCGUCGCUGCGGACGCUCACACUCGGUGCUCGCAAGUCGCUGUGCAUCCACCCGGACGUCCGCAAGCUCAAGACGGACGCAGCGAUGAACGACAAGUGUCUCGACUUGAUCCAGUCAACGUCGGCAAAGAAGAAGGCGCCGGGGUGUCCGUACAAUAAGAAAUCAUUGCAGCGGUACUUCCGCCAGCACGCGUUGGCGCAGGUCCAGGACAUUGAAGAGCUGUAUACACUCGGCGACCAGCUCUCAGCGUGUGCCUACUAUGGCGCGCGGUCGGCCCUCUCCGCGGCGCAGGUGAUUGCGAUGCCGUACUCGAUGCUACUGAGCAAGGCGACGCGCGAGUCACUCGGCAUUCGCCUCAAGGACAGUAUUGUCAUCUUUGACGAAGCGCACAACAUUGCCGAUGCUGUCAACGCCACGUACGCGGUGCUCGUCUCGAGCCAACAGUGGAUUCAAACCCGGCGCCAAGUGUGGAGCUACUUCAAGCGUUACGAAGGGCGACUGAAAGGCCGGAACGUCUACUACAUCAAGCAGCUUUUGAAUGUGCUGCAGAGCUGCCACAAGUUUCUCACGGCCAAAGCCAAAGCCAAGGAGGCCACGACGACGGUCUGGAGCAUCACGGACUUUCUCUUCGAGACCAAGCUUGACAACAUCAAUUUGUUCAAGCUCCACCAGUACCUCGAGCGCAGCCAGCUUUCUCAAAAACUCCUUGGGUUUUUAUCGAGCGAGUUCUCGGAGGACGGCGAGCGUCUUCAGGAGGCGACGACGGUCGGUGCAACGUCCACGCACAUUUCGCCACUCCGGUCGAUCCAGUCGUUCAUGCUGGCGCUCACAACUGCGUCGACAAACGGCCGGCUCCUGCUCCACUAUCAAGACAAGGAGGGUGGCGACGGCAAGAUGCCGUGUCUGAAAUUCCUCCUCCUCAACCCCGCGUUGCACUUUGCGGACGUCCUAUCGGAAGCGCGGUCGGUGAUCCUCGCCGGUGGCACGAUGCAGCCCAUCGACCAAGUCCUCCACCAGCUCCUCCUUGGGUCGUCGCCCGACCGGCUCAAGGUCUUUUCGUGCGGGCACAUCAUUCCGCCGUCGCACUUGACUGGCGUGGCGCUGAGUGUCGGACCGACCAACCAGGAACUGGACUUCACGUACCAGAAACGCAAUUUACCGCAGACGAUGGACGAAGUCGGGCGCAUUCUGCUCAACCUCGUACGCAUCGUGCCGGCGGGCGUCGUAUGCUUCUUCCCCUCGUACGCGUACGAGCAGCAGAUUGUGAACCACUGGACGGCCAACGGUUGUUUCCUAGUCUACCGACUGCACGACAAUUCAGUGGUUGAACUAGGGCAACUGGCGGCGCUCGAGCAAAAGAAACGCAUCUUUCGCGAACCAAAGUCGGCCGCCGACGUCGACGGCGUCUUGACGGCGUACGCAGCAGCCUGCCACGACACGGGUGGCUUGCUCUUUAGCGUCGUGGGCGGCAAGAUGUCGGAGGGCAUCAACUUCAGCGACGAUUUGGCGCGCUGCGUUGUCAUGGUUGGGCUUCCGUACCCGAACCCACACGACGCCGAACUUCUGCAGCAAAUGAAGUACAUGGAAGCGUCCGGCGCCAAGCUCACGUCCCACGAGUUUUACUCCAACAUGUGCAUGAAGGCCGUCAACCAGAGCAUUGGGCGCUCGAUUCGCCACCAAAAGGAUUACGCAAGCAUUGUGCUCCUCGACCGGCGCUACAACACGCCGAUCAUCCGGUCGCGCCUGCCGCAGUGGAUCAACGACCGGACGCAAGCGUUCCCGUCGUUUGGGCCAGCGCUGCCGCACCUCGUGCGCUUCUUCAAGCACCACGAAACGUAGCCGCUUGCGAUAGCUCCACGCAAUAUAAUUUUUUAUGGACAAAAAUGCAAAAUGUGGACAAAAUACAAUGUACAAUUCCUCCA